AUAAAGUCGUAUCGUAUCGUAUCGUAUCGUAUCGUAUCGUUGCAGCCAAGGCGACAAUAGUGUUGUUCACCAUCAACGGUGUGCGAGGACCGUUAGCCCUGAACGAAACGGACAAACGAACAGCGACCCUGUCAUGCAUCGCUCAAGGCCGCCCUCAGCCCACCAUCACGUUGUCCAAGACAGGCUACGUCAGCUCUCCGUCAUUCUCGACUGUGGGGUCAGCGGGGUCAUCCGCCAUCAAUGCCGUCAAAUGCGAGGAUAUGGGAAAUUACUCGUGCAUGGCCGACAACGGAUUCCCUGCCCCUGCUCAACAGAUAGCGACGCUCGUUGUCAACUGUGCACCACGACUUACAGGUGGCGCCUUCUCUAACAACCCCAUUCUUACAAGUAGUGGGCUCACCUUUACUUUACUUUCCUACCCAGAGCCGGACUCUUUCUCGUACUCCUACCUGGGAAACAGCGGAAACGACGCGUUGGCAUCGGGGGAUUACUCCGCGCUCUUCAAAGUUACCUGCAACAAGGUUGCGCUUCUUGACCCUUUGGUCACCUGUCAGAUCAACCCUACUGAGAAGAAAUAUGUUAGAAGUGGUUUUUACAGGCUCAGCGUGGGAAAUGGCUUUGGGAACUACGAGUUCUUGUUCUUCAAUCAGCAAGGUGUAGAUUUUAUUUUUGUCUGUACCAUAUGUUCUGACUCGUAUAAUAUACGAUAUAUAUAAUAAAAUAAUAAAUAUUAAUAAAAUGAUUAAUAUAUAAUAAAAAUAAAGAUACUUAAGAAAGAAACGGAUGGCACGACAGCUCCUUCUUAAGUAUCUUUAUUUGUUAUUAUACAUUUAUUUUUAUAUAUUAUUUUUUAUUAUUAUAUUAUACUCGGUUAUAAUUACGAGCCGUCGUGCCCUCCGUAUCCUUCUUAAGUAUCUUUAUUUAUUUGGUC